AUGAGCGCUGGGAGGAGGAGGGCAGAGGCCUGCUCCCAAGCUCAGCUGGCUUUCCGCCUCCAGACGAGAAAGGAGGAGGCAGAAGGUCCCUGGACGCCGCGCCGGGGAGGCCGGGAGAGGUGCCCUCAGCAGGGGCCGCGCGGGCUCAACCCCUGUUCCCACCCUCGGCCCGGCCAGGUGUCGGAGGACGAGCUGGUGUCCACACUGAAACAUCUGGUGUCCGAAAAGCUGAACGUCCCCGUGCGCCAGCAGCGGCUGCUGUUCAAGGGCAAGGCCCUGGCAGAUGGGAAAAGACUCUCCGAUUACAGCAUCGGGCCCAAUUCCAAGCUCAACCUAGUGGUCAAACCUCUGGAGAAGGUGUUGCUGGAAGAAACUGCAGCCGCCCGCAGACUGGCCGAGGCCUCACCCCCACGCCCACCGGCCUGGCAACUGAUCGCCAAAGUUCUGGCCCGCCACUUCAGUGCCGCAGAUGCCAGCAGAGUCCUGGACCAGCUACAGAGGGAUUAUGAGAGGUCCCUGAGCCGCCUGACCCUGGAUGACAUCGAACGUUUAGCUAGCCGCUUCCUGCACCCCGAAGUCACCGAAGCUAUGGAGAAAGGGUUCUCCAAAUAGGAUUCGUGGAGUAUGGGGACGAACCUGGCCAGGCUGCAAGCUGCAUGUAGCAUUAAAUGUGUUCUCAUGUUGCAA